AUGGCGAUUCUCAACCCGGACUCAGAGUCUCCUACCAAACAAGUAGCAGACAGUGAAGCCAAGCAGCGCCAACUCGCGGAAGCGGGCUACAAGCACGUCGAGGGCUGUCCCGCCCCGCCGCCAUUAGAGCUGCCGCACUUUUCGCUGCGGGAACUUCGGGCCGCGACGCCCGACCACUGUUUCGAGCGCUCGUUCACGACGUCCAUGUACCACUUGGCGAAGAACUUGCUCACGUGCGGCGCGCUCUUGUACGUAGCCACUCGCUUGGACGACCUUGGAGCCAUUGCGUACCUGCUCUGGCCCGUCUAUUGGUUCCUUCAAGGCACUUACCUCACGGGGGUUUGGGUGAUUGCCCACGACUGCGGCCACCAAUCAUUUUGCUCGAAUGAAACCGUCAACAACUUGGUUGGACUCGUGCUCCACUCGGCGCUGCUCGUGCCGUACCACAGCUGGCGCAUUUCGCACCGCAAACACCACGCCAAUACUGGCAGCUGCGAGAAUGACGAGGUGUUUGUCCCCGUGACGCGCUCGGUCAUCGAGAGCUCGUGGAACGAAGUGCUGGAAGAUUCGCCGCUGUACCAGCUCUACCGCGUCGCGUUCAUGCUCGCGGUGGGGUGGAUGCCGGGGUACCUCUGUUUCAAUGCAACGGGACCGAGCAAAUACUGGGGCAAGGCGCGUAGCCACUUUAACCCGUACUCGAUGAUCUACGCUGACCGCGAGCGGUGGUUGAUCGUGCUCAGCGACGUCUCCCUCGUGCUCGUGCUCGCUGGACUUGCUGGGCUCGUACACACGUUGUCGCUUGACACGAUGGCCAAGCUCUACUUUGCGCCCUACAUAGUCGUGAAUUUCUACCUCGUGCUCAUCACGUUCCUGCAGCACACGGACACGUACGUCCCGCACUUUCGCGAGGGCGAGUGGACCUGGCUGCGCGGUGCCUUGUGCACUGUCGAUCGCUCGUUUGGCCCGUAUUUGGACUCGAUGCUUCACCAUAUUGUGGACACGCACGUGGUCCAUCACAUCUUCUCCAAGAUACCGUUCUAUCAUUGCGAGGAGGCCGCGAAGGCCAUAAAGCCUGUGCUGGGCAAGUUCCAUCUGGUAGAUACGACACCUUUCCCGUUGGCGAUGUGGAGGUCAUACAAACACUGCAAGUUUGUCGAGGACGAUGGCAAGAUUGUCUUUUACAAGAAUAAGCUUUAA